AAAUUCUGCCCAUCCCAACUAACCCCUUCGUUUUAAACGACUCUAUAUAUAGCGUCAUACCACCACUACCACUGCUACAAACUACAAAACUCACAGACUACCAAUUCUUCAAAGGUGCCGCGAAAUCUCUGAGUGCUAGUUACAAUAUGUCCCUCUCGCUCUCCGUUGGUGAAGUUCAUGUUGACGGCCACGUUUUCCCUCCGGCCGCGAAGAAGCCUCCUGGCUCUGAUCAAAACUUUUUUCUGGGAGGAGUAGGGGCACGAGGAUUGGAAAUUGAAGGCAAGUUUAUUAAAUUCACGGCUAUUGGAGUUUACUUGGAGGAGACCGCCAUUCCGUCACUGGCCGUUAAGUGGAAGGGCAAGACUGCAGAGGAAUUAACGGAAUCCGUUGAGUUCUUCAGAGACAUCGUUACAGGUCCCUUUGAGAAAUUUAUAAGGGUGACGAUGAUCUUACCCUUAACGGGUAGGCAAUACUCAGAGAAGGUUGCCGAAAAUUGCGCUGCUUAUUGGAAAGCAGUUGGAAUUUACACUGAUGCAGAGGAUAAAGCCAUUGAAAUGUUCCUUGACAUCUUCCAGAAUGAGUCCUUCCCACCUGGAGCCUCUAUUCUGUUCACCCAGUCACCUCUGGGAUCAUUAACGAUUAGCUUCUCGAAGGAUAGUUCAAUUCCUGAGGUCAGCAAUGCAGUUGUAGAGAACAAGCUACUGUCAGAAGCGGUGUUGGAGUCCAUAAUUGGCAAAAAUGGUGUUUCACCUGACACAAAGAAGAGUUUGGCAAUACGUUUAUCAGACUUACUGAAAGUGUUCGACAAUAAUAAUAAUAAGAAACUUGAGGCCGACGGGGCUAUUGCUGCGGAAGCCCCGGACGAAAAGCAGGUUAAUGGCGUGCAAGUUCCGGUACAAGUACCUUAAGCUGAAUGUAAUGUGGCCUACCUUUCUAUUGCAUUCUGCUUUGGAAGAGUAUAAAUGAACUCUCUUUCCACGUCUUCUUGUAGAUCAGCUUCUACUAUGUACUUGAAUAAUAGUUACAGAGUUGAUAUUGUCAUGGUUUUACCUAUCUUUAGCUUGCAGCCAUAUUGUCGCUGAAAGCCUCAUGGCAUAGUGUUCAAUUGUCAACUAACAUAUCUGGGACAUGCUCAUAUUUAACAAAUUAUAUAUAUUAAUUUUCA